AUGCCACCUUCCAAAAAGACUGAAAAGAAAAAGGUUAUCGACAUUGAGCAGCAUGAGUCGAGCAGCGAUGAAUCCGAUUCCGAGCAAGAGCAACAACAACAACAAAAGCAACAACCUUUGAAGCGCAAAGCCGAGGAGGAACCUGAACAGCAACAUAUGAGCAAAAAGGCCACUACCGGCAAUUCUUUGUUUGUUGGUCAAUUGAAUAAGAAGGCGACUCGACAAGAGAUCUCUGAUUUCUUUUCCCAAGCUGGUACGGUGGUGGAUGUGCGUAUGAAAAAGACCAUGAAGAACCGAGAAAACAACCCUGGUUAUUGUCAUGUGGAGAUGUCUUCGCCUGCCGAAAAGGAGGCUGCUUUACAGUUGCAUGGCACCGAUUUUCAGGGAUUCAAGCUUAACUUGGAUGAUGCUUCCAAUUUCAAACCAAAGGGCCGCCGCAAUGAUAAGCUCAGUGCACCUUCCAACACCCUCUUUGUCGCCAACUUGCCCUUUGAAGCCGAUCGCGAUUAUGUAAAGUACGUCUUUGAGAAAUUCGGUGAUAUUGAACGUGUCAGUCGCAUCAUGGCCAAGGGCUACGAUACUGGUAUUGCCUAUGUCGAGUUUAAGGACAUGAAGAAUGCCGUUACGGCUCUUCAAUCCAUGCAAGGCGAGAGUGUCAAGGGUCGUCCCAUUCGUCUUGAUUACGCCGAGAAACGCAAGAAUAACAAGCCCCAUCCUCUCAAGAAAAAGAACUUUGUCAAGGAGCAAAUGUCAUAA